AUGGUUAGAAAAGAAACACCAUCGCCUGCCAUGUCUGGCACAAUUGACCCCUACGCUUUCUUUGAAGCCCUCACAGGCAAGAAGAUUGAUCGCACUAUUCUCACUGUGUCAGAGGCCUCAUCCUCUACGACAGCAUUCAAUGAUGGUUAUGAUGAUGACUUUGCAGAAUUUCAUCAGUCAUCGCCAGCCAUGGGAAAGUUGCCUCGCCCAGACCGGCCGCCCAAGGAUUUCGAGCUCAAUGUCGGAGCGACCAAUCCGUACGCAUUGGUGGAAGCGGUUCUUGGCUACAGACUAGACUACAGUACACCAAAGGUUGCCCAUCUCAUUUCUAGUGUUCUGGCCACAGACUAUGACGAACUGUUUGACAUGAAGCACAAGUCCGUUCUCUACGCGGGCCUGGACUAUGACGAGCAACACAAUCGCACAUAUGAGCUGAAGCGUGAGGACAUCAACAUUCUCCAUGACUGGGAUUUCCAGACACCGGAUCUCUCUGGUGUGCAAACCCUAGCCGAUCUUGAACGGCUCGGUCUCAGUGACAUGGGAGCAUCCAAAAUCAAGACGGCUCGUCUACAAAAUGGAAAGCUGCAUCUCGUCCUUGACGCUACUUCCAUCACGCGCACCGCAUCCAAUCGCAAUAUCACCAGAACAGUCAAUGAGAUGGUGACGCGAUUCCGAGCUCAAGACGAGCGAAGUUUUGGGUGCCCACCCAACACGGCAUGGCGUGAUGUCGAAGAGCACGUUUUCAAGAAUGCCACACAGAAGCUCAUCUCCAACUUCAACCACCAGUUUGAUCUGGGCCACAAGGAGGACGACAGCAUGAACAUCUAUGCGGACCGCAAGAACAUUAGGUUCUUUGAUGGGCCUGUACAAGGCGCCACCAGCAACUCGUGGCUCAUUGCCGCUUUGUUUUCUGUCUACUGGUCAGAUAUUGCUAUUAUACAUCAGUGCUUCCGUGGCGAUGGCCUCAAGCGCAGUCCUGAUGAUCGCAUCCGCCACGUUAUCAAGCUCUACAACAAGGGUGGCAAGCGCAACAACGCCGAGGACCGCACACUGCUCGUCGACUACCAGGUGCCUAUCCACAAGAACAUGAAGGAGCCUGUCUACUGUCGCGCAGCCAGCGGCAAUGAUUACUGGCCGACUCUCUAUGAGAAGGCGUUUUCCAUGUGGAUUCAGCGCUCAGAUGUUGACCGCGCUGAUGCCACGCAAACGGCAUAUGGUGAUCCCGUCAAGGCCAUGGCGCAGAUUGACGGCAAGAACCCGCAGUACUUCUUCACCAAGAACCACAGCAACAGUGAAGUGAUUAGUCUUGUACGUGGAUGCUCCCUCAACUAUAAGACGGUUAGCCCUAUGUGCGCGUACACCUACCCGACAGGUAACGACUUCCGCGGCGCCAACAUGGUGGCCAACCAUGCGUACUCUGUGCUUGGGUGGGCAGAUUACGGUGGUCGCCAAUAUAUCGUGAUUCGAAACCCCUGGGGUAUUACGGAACCAAGAGGGUUGACAAGCUGCCCUGGUGUGAUUGAGCAGGUCGAUGCAUCAAUCUGGCCCCAGGCAUCUAUGCUGGACGCUGGAGGUAUCUUGGCGGUAGACGUAAACAUGUUUGAUACCUAUUUUGCUUGUAUUGGGAGAACAUGUGUAUAAAUGAGAGAACAGUAUAUCGUAUCAAACAUUAUAUUAUGUUUUGCACAAUUAUAAACUCUGAAUACAAUAUCUAAUAUUUU